GUCACCGCGCCGCGGGUCUCGUGUGUUUACGUGGAGAAACAUGGCGGCGACGGUGACAGCAAAUCCCGAAUAAAACACUGAGGAAACCCCACAGAUUUACCGUCCGAGUCGAGGCGGGUGCAUAUGUCAGCGCUCCGCGUUUAGCGCUAGGCGUGUAUGCGUGCGCGUGGCGCUUGUAUGACGCGCGUGUGUCCGUGUUUAAACUGCAGGGACCGCGGAGAUGAUGGAAGACGAGGAGCGACAGAAGAAACUACAGGCCGGCAAAGCCAAGCUGGCCGAGUACCGGCAGAGGAAAGCUCAGUCCGAUGGCCAGAAGAAGCAGAAGAAGAAGAAGAAGAAGACGCUGGAAUCAGACGCGGAGGAGCAGAGAGCAGACAGCGUCUCACACGAGCAGACCGACACCAUCGAGCCCGAGAGUGAGGUCUCAACGACAGCCGAAGACUGUUCAUCUGAGGUAAAUGGUUUCCACGAGAGGACAGAGAGUGGUUUGACGUCGUCUGUGAUCGGGGAGGAAGAUCUGCAGCGAUCCGAAGUACGUGUGGAGACUGAUCUACAGAGCAGUCGUCCUCAGAGCCGUAUUCAGAUCAUGGAGGACGAGUUAGCCUCCAAAAACAUGGCCAUGGAGGAGCUGAGCCGCGAUCUCGAGGAGAUCAGGGCCGUGUUUGGAGCUGAUGGAGUGCAGCAGCUGCAGGACUUCGAGGAAGCGCUGAAACAGAGGGAUGAAAUCAUCACACAGCUCACCUCCAAUCUGCAGCAGGCACGGACCGAGAAGGAGGAAGUGAUGAGGGAGUUUCUGGAGCUGACGGAGCAAAGCCAGAAACUACAGAUUCAGUUCCAACAGCUGCAGGCCGGUGAGAUACUGCGUAGCUCCAACAUCAGCUCCACCGCCGCAGAUCUCCUCCAGGCCCGUCAACAGAUCACGCUGUACCAGCAACAGCUGGACGAGAGGGACGCACAGGUCAGAGGUCACCAGGAGAAGACGCAGGAGCAGCUGUUAUUGAUCGCGCAGCUUCAGGAGAGUCUGAGUGAAGCAGAGAGGGUCCGCACACAAACUGAAGAGUCGUUUUCACAGAGUUUACGCGAGAAGGAUCUACUGAACACUGAACAUCAGCGUCUGAUAACACAGCUUAACAAUCAGCUUCUGUCUUCCAAACAACAAGUGGAGGAAGUCAACAAACAUCUGUCAGCGAAAACCCAAGAACUAGACGCCUGUGAAAAAGAGCUGUCCGCGUCCAGACAGAAAGAGCGCAUGUCGUCCGGAGAAAUCCUGCAGCUGAUGAAGAGCGUGGAGGAGCUCCAGCAGCGCUGCCAAUCAGAGAGACUCGAGGACGACUGGAGACGCCGGAUGGAGACGCUGAGAGACGAACUGGACGAGAUGUACGGUCAGCAGAUCGUGGAGAUGAAGCGGGAGCUUCGCACGCAACACACCACAGAGCUGGAGCGAAUCCAAGCGCAGCACUGCUCAGAAACGGAGAAGAUGGUCCAGCAGCAUCAGUCAGAGCUGGAGAGGUGUAAAGCUCAGCUGUUCCAGAGCGCCGGAGACGUCAACGUGCUAAACGUGAAGCUCGUCGAGCUCCAGCAGAAGCUGCAGGAGACGCUAGUGUUGCGAGAAAAGGCAGAGCAAGAGCUAGCGCAGAUGAGAACAGAUAAACUCAGUCAGGCGCUAGAGUUGGAGCGUUUGCGCGACGAGCUGCAAAGAGCAGAAAUACACACCCCAGAGGCAAUACAACACGCUGUUAGCGACCUGCGGGCGCAGCUAGAUUUAGCGCACAAAGCCAACGGCGAACUAGAAGCCAAGCACGAAUCAGAAAUCACCAACUAUAAGAUCAAACUAGAGAUGCUAGAGCGGGAGAAAGACGCGGUGCUAGACCGCAUGGCCGAGUCGCUGGAGUCCGAGCUGGAUCUCUUGAGAACGCAGCUCUUGUUCAGCCACGAGGAGGAGCUCUCACGACUCCGAGACGACCUCACACGGGAAAACCAGCUCAACGCGGAGAACCUGCGUGACGAGAUGGACACGAGACACCGCGAGGCUCUGGACCAGCUGCGUUCGGUGGAGAGCGAGAGAGCGGCGCUAGCUUCAGAGAGACUCACGCUGCUCCAGGACAUCGCCCGCCUUUCCUCCGCCAACGAACAGAUGUGUGCGCGACUGAACGAGCUUCAGGACGAGAUCGAGAAGCAGAGGAACACCUUCUCCUUCGCUGAGAAGAACUUCGAGGUGAACUACCAGGAGCUGAAGGACGAGUACACGUGUCUCGUGAACGCUAAGCUACAGCUCGAGCGGCGCUUGAUCAGAGAAGCCAUGCAAUACGAGACCAAACUCCGUGAUCUGCAAACGAGACGAGAGGAGGUGGACGGGAAGACGCCGGAGACCGAGAAGAAGAGCUCAGCCGAGCGUCUCUCGCUGAUUGAGACGGACACGAAACGUCUUGAAGACGAGCUCAAGAGGACACUGAUUGGAAAGCACUCUUCAGAGCUGAUGGAGAAGCUGGAGGUGAGUGAGGAUGAGAAGAAGAGCUCAGCCGAGCGUCUCUGGCUGAUGGAAGCGGAGCUGGAGAUGCUGAAGAGAGACGGAGACUGCAGUGUUGCUGGUGGGCUGUGCUCCGCCGAGACGCAUCACACGCACAUCAGGUCUUUGUCGGAGGAACUGGAUGCUUUGCAAAACGAGGAGCAGCCGCAGCCGCAGGAGGGGAGAGAGAGAGAGACGCCUGCGAGUUCUCCAGCGAGCACACACACACACGCCCCCACACACACCGCAGCAGCAGCAGCGCAUGAGGAUCAGCUUGCAUCGCCCGACCGACUCCCGCAGCAGGUGGAGACGAGAGACACUCCGGCCGAUGGAGACGUCGUCAGAGCCUCGCUCAUGAAGCAGCCGCAGGAAAUGGAUGGCUCUGAGCAUGAUGAGUGUCGUCUGCAGCUGGAGGCUCAGCGCAUCAGUCUGUCUCAGAUCCACGCCGCUCAGCUGCAGAUGCUCAGAGAGAGUCUGUCAGCGCAGACGCAGACGCAGACGCAGGACACACACGAGCAGCAGCAGGGAGCCGCAGAGCUGAAGGCAGAGUUCGAGGAGUGUUCGGUGCGUCUGGAGGAGAGACAGCGGCAGGAGAUCGAGCUUCUGAAGAGCUACUAUCAGCAGCAGAUGGAGGAGAUGCAGGAGCGCUUCACCGCAGAGAUCCUCCUGCUGCAGAGCAGACUCCAGGAGCUCACAGGAGCCGGCCAGGUCUUCAGCAUGCCGAGCGUCUGUCCGCUGCAGACGAGAGACGAGUGCUGUGAUCGUCUUCAGGAGGAGGACGAGGAGCGAGUCUCUGUAGAUCUGGAGCAGGAUCUGCAGGCCGAGCGGAGAGCUUCGUCCGAGAGAGAGACACUGAGGGACACGUCUCCUCCGGAGGAAACCCAUCUCAGACGCUUGGAGGAGGAGAUCGCCAAGGUGAUCGUGCAGAUGUCGGUUGAGUUCGCCCAGCAGACAGAAGAGGCUCGGAUCAGCAGACAGAGCCGAGAGACGAGCAUCUGCACACAGACGGACACCAGCGAGGAUGAGGAGGAUCGACUGAUGAAGAGGGAUCUGGAGCUGCAGCAGGUGAAGGAGAGAGAAGACGAGACUGAGAGAUGCAGAGAUGAACUCCGCCUUCCCAGAAUGCAAAGCUGCGGCACUCAGACCCAGCAGCUCCAGACGAGAGCGGAGGAUGAGACGAAGGUCAGAGGUCAGGGAAGAGCCGUGACCUCACAGCCACACGCACAGGACCCAGAGCUCUCGUCUGAUGACAUCAUCACUGAGAGGGAUGUUCUGCGUCAGGCUCUGCUCGAUGUGCUGAAGACCACGGCUGCGGCGGAGGAGACCAUCGGCCGUCAUGUGUCCCAAGGGCCUGCUGGAGCAGAGAGAGGGAUGGACGACGGGCUGGAAGUGUCGCUGAAGUUCAAGGGGGCGGAGCUACAGCUACAGGAGGCGGAGCUCCUGCUGGAGAGGGAGGAGUUUGUGAUGAGCAUCAGCGAUCGUCUGCAGAGCGCCGUGGAGAAGAUGCUCAUCACCAUCACUGAGACCAGCACUCAGCUGGAGCAUGCACAGGUCACGCAGACGGAGCUGAUGAGAGAGAAGUUCAGACAGAACGAGGAGAUGGAGGAGCUACAGCGCAGACAGAACGAGCUCCAGGAGCGACUGUGUGAGGAGGAGAGAGCAAGAGAACAACUGACACUGGAGCUGCACAGAGCUGAAGGUGUGAUUGACGGCUACACAGGUGAGCGUCUGGCGCUGGAGCAGCAGAUUCGGGAGCGAUCCGAGCUACAGCUGCGUCUGGAGCAGGAGCUGAUGAUGACCGCCAGCCGUCUGCGUGAACUGGAGCAGGAGCGUGUGCAGAUACAGGACGAGCGAGAGCUGAUGUCACGCCAGCACCACGCCAUGAGAGAGGGGGCGGGGCCUCGAGAGCUGCGACUAGUUGAGGCUGCUCUUGACACAGCACCUGAAGCAGAUCUGCUGGAGGAGACGGAGAAGCUGAUGGCGGAGAAGGUGGAGGUGCAGCGUCAGGCGCAGAAGGAGAGCGGCGAGCUGCUGCAGCAGGUGAAGCAGCUGGAGGUGGAGCUGGAGGAGCAGGUGAGUCGUCUUCAGGAGCUGCAGGAGACACACAGCACAGAGACGACUGACCUGAGGCAGCAGAUACAGGCUUUAGAGAAGCAGCUGGAGAACAACCGCAAGUUCAUGGACGAGCAGGCCGUGGACCGCGAGCACGAGCGAGACGUCUUUCAGCAGGAGAUUCACAACCUGGAGCAGCAGCUGAAGAAUCCCAACAAAACACCGACAGGAAGUGACCGGCGGGACAGAGAGGUGCAGGAGCUGAGCGCGGCGCUGCAGGAGAAGGCAGACUGGUGCAGUGAGCUGCUGUUGAGCUCCGAGCAGCUUCAGAGAGAUGUGUGGGAGAGAGACGAGGAGAUCGAGACGCUAGGAGCACGUCUGAGGGAGCUGGAACACACACUCAUCCACAGGGUGGAGGAGGUCCAGCAUGUGUCUAUGGCGAGCAGAGCAGACGUCACACUGGAAGCACAGCUGCAGACAGAGAGAGAGGCUCUGGACAGGAAGGAGAAGGAGAUCGUGAAUCUGGAGGAGCAGCUGGAGCAGUUUCGUGAGGAGCUGGAGAACAAGAGCGAGGAGGUGAAUCAGCUUCACAUGCAGCUGGAGAUCCAGAGGAAGGAGAUCAGCGUCCAUCAGCAGGAUCUACAGGAUCAGGCCCGGCUCGCUCAGGUCUUGGAGGAGAAGGACAGGCAGAUAGCCGUCCUAAACGAGCAGCUCGCUAAGCGUCAGCACACGGGAACAGACCCUAAGACCGAGGCGGUGGAGGAGAAGGACGAGCUUCUGCGAGAGAUGGAGGCGCAGGUGGAGUGUCUGCGGAGCGAGCAGGAGCGUCUGAAGAGGAACAGCGAGGAGGAGGUGGAGCAGCUCAACGCCGUCAUCGAGAAGCUGCAGCAGGAGCUGACACACAUCGAGCUCAAGCAGCGUCAGGACGAGAGCGACGAGAUGAAGCAGAGGAUGGACGAGGUGACCACAGAGCUGGACACGCUGAAGAGCCGAAACCAGCGUCUGGAGGAGGCUCUGCAGGAGAAGACCGCUGCGUGUGUGGUGCUCCAGGCUCAGGUGCAGGCGCUGGAGGAGAGCGCAGGGUCAAAGGUCACCAGCUUGAGCCUCCUCGUGGAGGAGAAGGACUCGGAGCUCAGCGCCUGCAGGUUGAAGGUGGAACAAGCUCAAACAGACGCCGAUGCUCUUUACGCUAAAGUGGCUCAGCUGGAGGAGAAACUCAGGGAGAAGGUGGCCGCCGUUCUGGUCAGCCAAGCACAACUGGAAGCCGUCCAGAUGCAAACCAAAGAGCUCCGCGCAGAAGAAGCCAUGGGCCCCAGCACGCAGCUGCAGUCAGAGGGCCCCACCACGCAGCUGCAGUCGGAGGGCCUCACGGCGCAGGCAGCCUCCGUGGGAAAGACGAGUCUGCUGAUGGAGAAGCUGAAGGAGCUGGAGGAGGGUCUGAGCGGGAUGCAGAAGGACCAGGAGCUGCAGAAACAGCUGUUGAGUAGCUCUGAGGAUGAGGUGAUGGAGUACGAGAGGAGGUUAGCCUUGAUGAUCGACCUACUGAACCAAAUGAGAACCAAACCAACCCAUCACAAACUCGUUGAGGGGUCAGCUGAAGGCGGUCAGUCGCUGUCUGAGCUGCUGGAGGAGGUCAAAGGUCAAGUUGCGUCCACUAAAGAGGAGCUGAACUGCUACAGAGAAACUGAGUCACAAGCUUCAGGAGGAGAUCGAGAUGAAGGAGAGCAGGAUCUCACAGCUCCAGGCAGAUGAGACCGCAGCAGGUCAUGGCACACAUCACACGCAUGAAGAACACACGGCUGACACGGCUGAACUCCUCCAGGAGCUGCAGGAGGUCAAGGUCAAGUGAGCAGCACACAGCAGGAGCUGGAGAGCUGCAGGGCUCAGAGCGUCACACUGCAGGAGCUGCUGCAGGAGAGAGAGAUGAGCAUCGCUCUGCUGAAGGAUCAGCUGCACAGGGCCUCACAGGAGGGCGAUCAGUCCCCAGCGGAGCUGCUGCAGGAGAUGCAGGAGGUCAAAGGUGAAGCGGCAGCCACCAAAGAGCAGCUGAACAGCGUCCAGGAGCGCAGCCUCAAACUGCAGGAGGACAUCGAG